AUGAGAUCAUCCCUACCAAGCGAUGCCACUUUGCUCCAUAAAAUGUCAGAUACUUGUAAAACACCUGUUGGACAAACAAGCCACUGCGUAUCUUUGUACAAAUGUCCUCAACUCGUCACUGCUUUCGAACAGAAGCCUUUAAAAAAUGAAGUAGUUGCCUUUUUAAAACAAUCACAGUGUGGUUUUGAAGACAACGUUCCAAUGGUUUGUUGUGGAGGACUACCAGAUGGAAUGCUUCAGCCCAAGCCAGUAAAACAAUCGACAUUAAAGAUUAAUGCGGAUCCCGUAUUUAGAGAAGAUUCUUAUUUAACUACUCCAGAGCAAUGUGCUGUGGACACAAAUGGUGAUAAAAUAUAUGGAGGACAGAUUGCUGAAAUUGAUGAGUUUCCAUGUAUGGCCUUAUUAGGAUACAAACCUGCCACUAAACCAAAAUUAGUGUACGACUGUGGGGGAGCUCUGAUAAAUAGAAGAUAUGUUCUAACAGCAGCUCAUUGCGUCGUUGGAAAAAUCGAAACUGAAGUUGGGAAGUUGAGCACUGUACGAUUGGGUGAAUACGAUUUACAAGCGGACAUCGACUGUUCUGACGGUGUCUGUGCGGAUCCCGUUCAAGAUAUCUCUGUACAUUCAGUAUAUCCACAUCCAGGGUUCUCUGACCAAAAUAUAAACAGGAAAGAUGACAUCGCCUUGAUACGGCUCGCUCAGAGAGCUACCUAUUCUCAUUAUGUCCAGCCAAUAUGUCUAGCGCACAACAGGCCUUUGGAUACUACCAGUCAUUUCUAUGUUGUUGGUUGGGGGGCUACAAUCGGUGGCAAAAGCAGUCCAGUUAAGCUGACAUUGCCAUUACCUAUAUUUGAUAAAACUCUAUGUGUUCAGAAAUAUAGAACUCUUAAAGCAGAGUUAACGGCAGGACAAAUCUGUGCCGGUGGACACUUUUCUAAAGAUACAUGCAAUGGGGACUCUGGUGGUCCUCUUGCUAGGAAGACCGAGUCUGGAAUUUGGGAAGCAGUUGGUGUCGUUUCUUUUGGAUAUGGAUGUGGUAGGGAUGGCUGGCCAGGAGUUUAUACCUCUGUGCCCAGUUAUUAUGAUUGGAUACAAGAAACUAUACGUGCUACUAAUCUAUAA